CGCGCUCCCGGAGCCGCGGCUUCGCUCCCGCUCCGGCCGGACUCGGGCACGACCCCAGGGCUGGCCGCCCGACGACUCCCGCCUCGCGCCGCUCGCGCUCGCUCGCGCGCUCACACCCACGUUGCCCUUCACCGCACGCGCUCACACUCAUUCUCGCGCGCUUGCCUCACGCACACAGGCGCGCUCCCACUCGCGGGAGCGCUCCCACUUGCACGCGCGCUCCCACCGCCCCGUGCGCCGCCUCGCGCUCCGGAGCGCUAGCCUCGCUGAGGCGCAGGCACCGCAGGCGAGAGCGCCGAGGGGACCCACGGCCUCCCCAUGGCUGACCUGAGCUUCAUCGAAGAUACCGUGGCCUUCCCGGAGAAGGAGGAGGAUGAGGAGGAAGAGGAGGAGGGUGUGGAGUGGGGCUACGAGGAAGGUGUUGAGUGGGGCUUGGUGUUUCCGGAUGCUAAUGGGGAGUACCAGUCUCCCAUUAACUUGAACUCAAGAGAAGCUCGAUAUGACCCCUCACUGCUGGAUGUCCGCCUCUCCCCGAAUUACGUGGUCUGCCGGGACUGUGAGGUCGCCAACGAUGGGCACGCCAUUCAGGUUAUCCUGAAGUCAAAAUCAGUUCUAUCUGGAGGUCCAUUGCCUCAAGGGCAUGAAUUUGAGCUGUAUGAAGUCAGAUUUCAUUGGGGAAGAGAAAACCAGCGUGGUUCUGAGCACACAGUUAAUUUCAAAGCUUUUCCCAUGGAGCUCCACCUGAUACACUGGAACUCCACCUUGUUUGGCAGUAUCGAUGAGGCUGUGGGGAAGCCCCGUGGAAUCGCCAUCAUUGCCUUGUUUGUUCAGAUCGGAAAAGAACACGUAGGCCUGAAGGCUGUCACUGAAAUCCUCCAGGAUAUUCAAUAUAAGGGGAAGUCCAAAACAAUACCCUGCUUUAAUCCUAACACUUUAUUACCAGACCCUCUGCUGCGCGAUUACUGGGUCUACGAAGGCUCUCUCACUAUUCCGCCCUGCAGUGAAGGUGUUACCUGGAUAUUAUUCCGAUACCCUCUAACAAUAUCCCAGCUACAGAUUGAAGAAUUUCGAAGGCUGAGGACACAUGCAAAAGGGGCAGAGCUUGUGGAAGGCUGUGAUGGGAUUUUGGGAGACAAUUUUAGACCCACUCAGCCACUCAGUGACAGAGUCAUUAGAGCCGCGUUUCAGUAGCUGAAGAGAGCAGAAGCCGGAGGAAGACAGUGGUCCUAUAGUGCCCAUGGGUGAGAAACGGAAACUUUGAGCUGCAGCUUCGGUUUAUCCUCAAAGCCUGCAUUGUUUGUCUUCAUCUAAUCGAGCUUUAAUGGACAUCUGUAACAGUUGCCUGUACACAUGCUCUAAUGAAAUAUUAGAAAUGGCUGUAAAUUCAAAAGAAACCCCAUGUUAUGUAUCCGCAUCACUGCUGCCAGUAUUCAUAUUUUUGCACAUACUGUUUAUUGCUUGUGUGUAGAAGAAAUGAAACUAGUUUUCAGAGUUAUUAUUAAUAUGAAUAUAUAUCAUGUAUUAAUACUGAGACAGGAAAAAUACAUUUCCAGCGUUUGCAGUCCUUCAUUUCCUGUCUCCAACAGAAAAUUCACUCAUUCAGAAAAUAAUGUAAUUCUUGAUAAUAAAAUGAGAGUUUUGAUCAAGAACAGCAUAUACAGCUCCAAAAUGGAAUGUGAAGGAUUAGUAAAAAACACAUCUCAUGUUACUUUGCAACCCUCAUACCAUGGUUAAUGUCAGGGUGAUUUGUUAUAAAACACGAUUUGGGAGUUAAUGUAAGAACAUAAUACUCACUUUAUAUAUUACUUUCUUAGUUAAAGGAUUUAAUUGAUUAUACGAAUCUAAUCAUACUUAUUUGACAUAUUAGAAGCUGAGGUUUCUAGGAAUUUGAGAAAGGUAUAAGAAAUAAAUAGGCUAAAGAGAAAGUGGAUACUUUAUUUUAUAGCUUUAUUUUCCAUGAUAGAAACAUAAAUUUAAUAGUAUCCUAUAAUAAUUUAGUGUUGUACAUUUUGUAAGACUUUAAAAUAUUUUAUUUUAUAGGUUUCACUUUGGCAUAUUGAGAUCUUUGUUUUGAAGAUGAAUCAUAUCCUUAUUUUAAUUAAUUUUAAGUGCUACUGGCAAAUUUAAGCAUAUGCUUAGAUGCAGUUAGAUGUGAUAGAAUGAGAUAAUUUAUGUAAAGCAGUAGAGUGCCUGGCACAAAGCAAGUACUUAAUAAAUGUUAUUAGUUGUUGUUAUAAUUAUUGUUGUAAAACUAAUGACUUCAAUAACAUGUUACACUCAAUUUUGAGGGAUUUUGUGAUGCAGAAUAUCUAAGUUAGAAAUAGAAAAUAAUACAGAUGGAAUAAUUAUGUGUUGAGAGAUUUUAAAUGUGUUGGGUAAAGGUUGUAAUAAUGAAAAGCAUUAAAUGCAAAUAAAAAAAAUCAUACUAAAUAUCCCUGAAAACAGAAGCUAAGAAGGUUCACGGUGGAGCCUUGGGCAGGGAGAGAAAGGACCAGAGCUGCCCCAGAGAGAGGAAGCGGAGGCGGAUGAAGGGUCAGCAUCUAACAAAGCCCUGGACCACAUGAGGGCAGCAUCAGGCAGAGCCUCUGAGAGGUAAAGGCAGUCCCGGGAUUUUCCCUUCUUUAGUUUCUUGUAUACAAAAAUGAAGAAAUGGCAAAGCAUGGCUACAAAAACUUGGCAUAUUUAAAUACGUAUCUUAUAGACUAAAACUGAUACCACGUACUUGCCAGACAUUGGCUGCAGGUGUGGCCUCAUUUGCAGUUAACAUCAAAAGACAAAAUCAAAACCCUCUCAUGAGUGAGAGGCCAACAGGGCUGCUGGCACUCCUCUGCUAGACCCUGCGUUCAGGCCCUGGGGCUAAACAGUACAUGGGCACCCAGUGUCACUGAUCCUGAUGUGGUUGGCACUGAGCAGCUGGGGACCGUUCUUGGACUUAACUUCUGAUGCUUCCUGCAGUCUCCAAUCACUUGUCCCUGAAAAAUACAAAAUAAGCAUAACAACAAAAACUAAUUCAAAUGACUCUCAGGGUAAUAUCUUGUUGCCCAUAUUUCCCCUCCAAAAUAUCUUUUUUAAUUGAAGGAAUCAAAUUUAUUUACUGGAUAUUUUCUGAUUCAAAAGACUGAAAUGAACUACUUGGUUCAGCUUGUGGUGUUCAUUGGUGAGAUUGUGUGGAAGCUUAUAUUCUUUAAUGUGGGAAACCCCUUCAUUCCACCAUUAGGUACCUCAGACUCAGAUUAGGAAUGCUGCUUGUAGUGAUGCUUUUGUGGGAAUGAAGUUGAAAGAGUAAUUUGUCAAUAACAAAAGUGUAAAUGACUGGUCAGAAAUCUGUCUAGUUUUGAUGGUGGCAUGGGAAAGAAAAGUAUGGGAUGGACCUGGAAAUUGGGGAAGAAGCUUCCCAAAGCAGAAGUGUGUGUAUGGGGUAGUUAACUAGGGAUAAAGGACAAAUUUCACAGAUCUUGAAAUUUAAUUUAGGGUGGAUUUUGUUUACCUGAAAAAAUGGCAAACUGAGGGUUUUCUUCUCAUAUGGUUUACACAUAUAUAAGCACCUCUUAUUCAAGGUAAUUAAUGUAGCUGAUGGUAUGUAAUGUAAUAUUGAUCUCAGAAAGUUUGGUCAGUUAAGGUAAUUUGAGUCAUUUUGUUGGUCAGUCUAGCUGAAAGACUUGCUGAUUUUGUUGGUUCUUGAUCCUUUCAAAGAACCAACAUUUGAUUCUUUUGGUUUUCUCUACUGUGUUUUUAUCUAAUCUUUAUUACUUCCUUCCUUCUACUUGCUUUGGGUUUAUUUUGUGCUUUUUCCAUUAUCUUAAGGUGGAAGUUUAGGGUAUUGGUUUGAGAUCUUUUUAAUAAGGCAUUUGUAGUUAUAAAAUUUCCUCUAAGCAUUGCUUUAGCUGCAUCCUAUAAGUUGUGUUUGUUAUAUUUUUGUUUUCUUUCAUCUCAAAGUAUUUUCUAAUUUGCCUUGUGAUUUCUUCUUUGACCCAAUGGCUUUUUAGGAGUGUGUUGCUUAAUUUCUACAUAUUUAUGAAUCCCCAAAUUUCUGUUAUUGAGUUAUAAUUUUCAUUGUAACACACUUUGUGUGAUUUGAAUUCCUUUAAACUUAUUGAGGCAUGUUUUAUGGCCUAGAUAUGGUUUAUUCUGGAGAAUGUUCCAUGUGUAUUUAAGAAGAAUGUGUAUUAUGCUGUUGUUGGUGUUAUGUUCUAUGUCUAUUAGGUCUAGUUGAUCUUCUGCAUAUUUCUAUCUAUCACUGAAAACAGGAUAUUGAAUUCUCCAGCAAUUAUUGUUGAAUUACCUAUUUCUUGCUUCAGUUCUGUCAGUUUUUUUUUUUCAUGUACCUUGGGACUCUGUUGUUAGGUAUAUAUACAUUUAUCAUUUUUAUAUCUUUCUGAUGGAGUUAUCCUUUUAUCAUUAUAAAAUGUCUCUAUCUGCAGCAACAUUUUUGUUUUAUAAUAGACUUUCUAAGACAUUAGUAUAGCACUCCAGCUUUCUUAUGGCUGCUGUUUGCGUGAUAUGUGUUUUUCCAUCAUUUUACUUUCAACCUAUUUGAUCUUUAAAUCUAAAGUGUGUCUCCUGUAGACAGCUUAAAGUUGGAUCUUGUUUUUCCAUCUAGCCAAUCUCUGCCUUUUGGUUGGACUGUUUAACCCAUUUAUAUUUAAUGUUGUCGAUAUAUUUAGGUUUAUGUCUGCCAUUCUACUUUUUGUUUUCUACCUGUCUCGUGUCUUUUUUUGUUUGUUUCUCUGUCCCUCCUUCAUUGCUCUCUUUUGCAUUAAGUGACUAUUUCCCAGUGUACUGUUUCUUUUUUUUUCUUUUAUUAUUCUCCAGUGUACUAUUUCAAUUGCUUUAAUGAUUUUUUUUAAUACUUUCUUUGGAGUUUAUUUUCUUAGUGGUUGCUCUAGGGCUUACCAUAUAUUGAUACAUGUUAAUUUAUUGGAAUCUACUUCAGAUUUAUGUUAACGUGAUUACAGUUGGUGUUCUUUGUUCUUGUCAACUGCCUCUUGCCCUAGGCAAAAUCUUUGAGUCACAGCUCAGGAGCUAUGGGUAGGGACAGUGGUUUGCUCUUUGUGGAGUGACACUCCUGCUUUGCAGACAGGGUUCUGGGUAGGGGCAGAAGCUUCUGGUUUUUGUGGCUUGCCUCUCCCAGACUGAAACUUCCACCCUAUGAAUAAGCCAGGGUGAAGGUGAUCAAGGUCCCAAUAUUCUCAGCCUGCUGCACCUGGUGUAGAACCUCUGCUCUGUGAGUGGGGGCUGGGUGGAAGAAGGGGGCUUAUGAGCUCUUGGAAUUUAGCCUCUGUGAACCUUUUAUGUAUCCCUUGGUUGGGAUUUGAGGGAAGAGGGAGCCCCAUCUUCCUGGCCUUACCCACUUAGAAUGGAUAGUUAAUCAUGCUAAACUGGAGGGAGUGUGUUUAUGGCUCAAAUUCUAAAUAAUCUUAUUGAGAUUUAGGAGAUUUUUCUUGAGUACAUGUUUUCUCCAUUUGCUGUAUGUCCUUGGGAAAAUUUCCAGACACUUUAAAUUUCUUCUUCUUUUUAUUCUGUCAGGUAUGGUAGUUGCACUGGGAAGCAGGUCUGUGGAGCUUCUCUCAUGUCCAUUCUGGGUGUAAUGCUCUGUCAUCUAAGAUGGCACAUUACUCAAAAUGUCAGGCUAUCAGAUUCCUUCUGGAAUUUUCACUGGAGUAAGCGUAUUUUUCAAAAUCGUGUGUCAGAUAUCAUCACUGUGAUUAAGGGUAGACUCAUGCUUUUGGAUAACUUAAAGUUUCUUAAAAUGAAAAUGAAGUUGACAUAACAAUGAUAGUAGUUAUUGAGUUAAUUACUCUGAAACUUCUCCAUUUUAUUUUUCUAUUUAAUUAAUUAAAAACAAUUAGUAUAUGCUGAUUAAUGAUUUUCAAGUCUGACCUCUACAAACUGAGACUCAAGAUGGCAUGUGUGUGAAUAGACACCCAAUAAACCUCAUUUUCCUUAGAAUCUAUUCACUUCUAUUAGAAUAUGUUAAUAUAGCAAAUAUUGAUAUGAAAAGCAACCUAUAUUUUAUUUAAUACAGAAUAUUAUUUGGGUCAUAGUAUAGAGUAUUAUGUAAAAGAUGAGGCUUUAUACACCGAUGAUGUAAUGCAGUUCCUAAAGAGAAGCUCACAGAAACCUUUGUUCCUUUUUUUCUGUGUUCCCUUCCUUUGUUUAGAGGUAUUUCCUGUGCUGCUUCUGUGUGAAGCUCUUAACUGACACUCAGUCAGGUAGUGAGGUGGUGACACGUGACCCUUCAGACGAGUGUUGUUGUUUUUUUAAGAAAGAUAAAAACAACAUAGAAGAAAGGCUUUUAUUGGAAACUUUGUGUUGUGUCAGACUUAGAUUACAUUUUAAUAAAGUGUACUAGAAGUUUUACACUUGAGGUUGUACAGGAAUCCCCACUUGGAAAUGACACUAUUGAGUUUUGAGAAACUUUUCAAUUUCUGAAACUUCAGUGAAUCUGCAUAAACGACUGACUUGUAACGCUUCUACACCUCCACCACCCAGUGGGACACUGUAGUUUAGUGAGUCAAUAAAAUUUAAGAAAUUUCUUAGAGCUGCUCCAGAGACCUAGAUAUGCUUGUAUUACUCCCUUUUGGGCCUGAUUCAUUUCCAGAAUAACUCUACUGCACACUUCCUUUGAUAAACUUUAAUUGCUUUCAAAUUACAUUGGAAUUUAGUCAACCUCAAUAGGAAUUUUCCUGUGAAAUUAUAUUAGAAUCUGGCCCAAAGGGAUUAAAAAAAAAAAAAGAAGCAGCAUAAUAAAGUCUAUACAUU